AUGCCAACGCUGCGGGUAUUUCUUCUUGUGGCUCUUCAUCACCAGUGGCCUACUACACAAUUAGACAUAUCUAAUGCCUUUCUUCAUGGGCAUCUCUCGGACACAGUUUUAAUGAAACAACCACCCGGUUUCCAUGAUGUUCUUUAUCCACAUCAUGUGUGUCGCCUCAAGAAAGCCAUAUAUGGCUUGAAACAGUCUCCACGUCAGUGGUAUGCCACCUUGUCAGCUCACCUGCAGGAUUUUGGGUUUCAGUUUAGCUUGGCUGAUCCGUCUCUCUUAACAUAUCAUUCCGGUACUGUGCGUCUCUAUAUUCUUAUAUAUGUAGACGAUAUAUUGUUGACAGGCAAUGAUCAAUCCACUAUUACUCGUCUUAUGGCUGCUCUCCAUAGCAAAUUCUUGAUGCAAAACCUUGGUUCUCUGUCCCAAUUUCUUGGUAUACAUGUGACUCCAAUUGUUUACGGUGUUCAUUUACAUCAAGCUAAGUAUGCUCGAACCAUUUUAUUGCAAGCUGGUAUGCAAAAUUGUAAGCCUGUUAUCACUCCUUCUUCUCCUAAGAAGCUCUCGUUAUCCAAAGACUCUGGUGAAUUUUCAAAUAUGGUACUUUACAGGCAAUUGGCGGGUUCAUUACAGUAUUUGACCCUUACCAGUCCUGAUAUUGCAUUUUCAGUACAGCAAAUUUGCUUACAUAUGCAUCGUCCGCUGAACAGUCAUUUUGAUCUUCUUAAAAGGCUCUUACGCUACAUUCAAGGAACACUUCAUCAUGGCUUAACAUUAUACCGUGAUUCUCUUACAUUGCACAGCUACACUGAUUCUGAUUUGGCUGGAGAUUGUUUAGAUAGGAAAUCAGUGUCUGGUAAUUGCCAUUUCUUAGGCAAAUCCUUGAUUUUCUGGCAGGUUAAAAAGCAGCAAACUUUCGCUCGCUCGUUUACUGAGGCUGAAUAUCGCGCUCUUACUACUACGACCUCUGAAAUUAUAUGGUUACGUCGUUUACUUACUGAUUUUUCUGCUCCGCCAUCUAUGCCUACUGCAGUUUAUUGUGCCAAUACUUCUGCUAUAGCAUUAGCUCAUAAUCCCGUAUUACAUGCUCGUACCAAGCAUAUCGAAGUCGAUUGCCAUUUUAUACGGGAUUGUAUUCACAAAAAUCAGAUUCUAGUGCAUCAUAUUAGUACACAUGAUCAGCUGACUGAUGUAUUCACCAAGGCUUUAUCUAUUGCUCGGUUUAAGCUUCUCUCUAGCAAACUUAUUACUGAGCUCCCAUCAUCUGUUUGA